AUGUUUCAAGCGAGCUAUGUCACAGCCUCGCCCUGUUUCAGAUCUCCUGUUGCCCCGCCUUCCCCGUCGUUAACCCUCUCCCCCUCCCCCGCGCUCCUCCCGUCGCCCGCCAUGCCCCACGCUCACUCCGCUCCCCGCGCGCCGUCCGCCAUUCCGCCCCUCCCCGCAAGUCUUCCCCCCCUCCCCGCGAGCCUUCCGCGGGUAACCGCUGGGUUGCCCCCUCUGGAGCAGGGAGCAGGGGGGAAGGGGACAGGGGGCAUGGGGACAGGGGGCAUGGGGACAGGGGGGCAAGGGGGCAUGGGGGCACGGUGCGGAUCGUCUGCUGUCUGCGCCACCACGAGCUCUCCUCUCUCCUCCUCACCUCCUGUUUUGAGAUGUCUCAAAAGCUCCGCCCUCCCAUUCCCGCCACACGCCCUCCCUCCGCCUUCUUCCCCCUAUUCCCCCCCUCAGGUGCGGAUUGUCUGCUGUCUGCGCCACCACGAGCUCUCCUCUCUCCUCCUCACCUCCAAGGCCAUCAGCGAUGCGGUGCUGACAGCGCGUGCCAUCCACUUUGAUUUCACCACUCCGGACGUGGACAGGAGGGGCGGCAGCAGGGGCCAUCACUCCCGGGGGCUGCGCUGGAGAAGGGGGGGUGGGGGGAGGCACCGCACACUGGGGAGAGCAAGGGCGCUGAGCAGCAGCAGCAGCAGCAGGCAGCAGCAGCAGCAGCAGCAGCAGCAGCAGCAGCAGCAGCAGCAGCAGCAGCAGCAGCAGCAGCAGCAGCAGCAGGCAGCAGCAGCAGCAGCAGCAGCAGCAGCAGCAGCAGCAGCAGCAGCAGCAGCAGCAGCAGCAGCAGCAGCAGCAGCAGCAGCAGCAGCAGCAGCAGCAGCAGCAGCAGCAGCAGCAGCAGCAGCAGCAGCAGCAGCAGCAGCAGCAGCAGCAGCAGCAGCAGCAGCAGCAGCAGCAGCAGCAGCAGCAGCAGCAGCAGCAGCAGCAGCAGCAGCAGCAGCAGCAGCAGCAGCAGCAGCAGCAGCAGCAGCAGCAGCAGCAGCAGCAGCAGCAGCAGCAGCAGCAGCAGCAGCAGCAGCAGCAGCAGCAGCAGCAGCAGCAGCAGCAGCAGCAGCAGCAGCAGCAGCAGCAGCAGCAGCAGCAGCAGCAGCAGCAGCAGCAGCAGCAGCAGCAGCAGCAGCAGCAGCAGCAGCAGCAGCAGCAGCAGCAGCAGCAGCAGCAGCAGCAGCAGCAGCAGCAGCAGCAGCAGCAGCAGCAGCAGCAGCAGCAGCAGCAGCAGCAGCAGCAGCAGCAGCAGCAGCAGCAGCAGCAGCAGCAGCAGCAGCAGCAGCAGCAGCAGCAGCAGCAGCAGCAGCAGCAGCAGCAGCAGCAGCAGCAGCAGCAGCAGCAGCAGCAGCAGCAGCAGCAGCAGCAGCAGCAGCAGCAGCAGCAGCAGCAGCAGCAGCAGCAGCAGCAGCAGCAGCAGCAGCAGCAGCAGCAGCAGCAGCAGCAGCAGCAGCAGCAGCAGCAGCAGCAGCAGCAGCAGCAGCAGCAGCAGCAGCAGCAGCAGCAGCAGCAGCAGCAGCAGCAGCAGCAGCAGCAGCAGCAGCAGCAGCAGCAGCAGCAGCAGCAGCAGCAGCAGCAGCAGCAGCAGCAGCAGCAGCAGCAGCAGCAGCAGCAGCAGCAGCAGCAGCAGCAGCAGCAGCAGCAGCAGCAGCAGCAGCAGCAGCAGCAGCAGCAGCAGCAGCAGCAGCAGCAGCAGCAGCAGCAGCAGCAGCAGCAGCAGCAGCAGCAGCAGCAGCAGCAGCAGCAGCAGCAGCAGCAGCAGCAGCAGCAGCAGCAGCAGCAGCAGCAGCAGCAGCAGCAGCAGCAGCAGCAGCAGCAGCAGCAGCAGCAGCAGCAGCAGCAGCAGCAGCAGCAGCAGCAGCAGCAGCAGCAGCAGCAGCAGCAGCAGCAGCAGCAGCAGCAGCAGCAGCAGCAGCAGCAGCAGCAGCAGCAGCAGCAGCAGCAGCAGCAGCAGCAGCAGCAGCAGCAGCAGCAGCAGCAGCAGCAGCAGCAGCAGCAGCAGCAGCAGCAGCAGCAGCAGCAGCAGCAGCAGCAGCAGCAGCAGCAGCAGCAGCAGCAGCAGCAGCAGCAGCAGCAGCAGCAGCAGCAGCAGCAGCAGCAGCAGCAGCAGCAGCAGCAGCAGCAGCAGCAGCAGCAGCAGCAGCAGCAGCAGCAGCAGCAGCAGCAGCAGCAGCAGCAGCAGCAGCAGCAGCAGCAGCAGCAGCAGCAGCAGCAGCAGCAGCAGCAGCAGCAGCAGCAGCAGCAGCAGCAGCAGCAGCAGGAGCAGGAGCAGGAGCAGGAGCAGGAGGAAGAGGAGGAGCUUCAGUUGCACACUCUACCCGAGCCUCCUCUUCUCGUUCCGCGUCCCGGCCCUUCCUCUUGGUUGCUCAACCCAGCCAUGUGCAUGGAUGA